AUGCUGAGUGCCCUGGGUGCUGCCUAUGGUACAGCCAAGAGUGGCACCAGCAUCGCAGCCAUGUCUGUCAUGUGGCCAGAGCUGAUCAUGAGGUCCAUCAUCCCAGUGGUUAUGGCUGGCAUCAUCGCCAUCUACGGCCUGUUGGUGGCAGUCCUCGUCGCCAACUCCCUGAAUGAAGACAUCACUCUCUACAGGAGUUUCCUUCAGCUGGGUGCAGGCCUGAGUGUGGGCCUCAGUGGCCUGGUAGCUGGCUUUGCCAUUGGCAUUGUGGGAGAUGCCGGUGUGCGAGGUACUGCCCAGCAGCCCCAACUGUUUGUGGGCAUGAUCCCGAUCCUCAUCUUCGCUGAGGUGCUCGGCCUCUACGGUCUCAUUGUGGCCCUCAUCCUCUCCACAAAGUAGCCCAUCUCGAGCCUACCAGCCACAGAAUACUAUGUAAAGACCAUU